AUGUGUCCGCAUGUGCAUCUCCUAUGGCUUUCACACCUCCGACGCAAUCCAAUUAAAGAAGAUAAACAGCAUCACAGCCUUUUAUUACGUCACAACCCGCAGUUAAUCUUGCAACCUGGCCGGUCAACUGUGGUCACGCUACGCUCCGACGGGCUUAGGUUCCACUGCCCGCCGCUUCUGAGGGCACGAGUGAACACAGCGGUGCCUUAUGGUGCCAAGACAGCAUCGGGUGGCAAGGGAGACGGCGCGCUCUCACGUGACCCGGAGGAAGGCGAAGGGAGGCCGCCGCCGCCGCAUCCGAACACGAUCUAUGAAACCGAAAAUGUCAAGCGUGAACAGCGCGAGAGGAGCCACGACCUCGCGCGAUGGAACUUGGCCCUCGAGGAACAGCACCGAGGCAGCGCGAGUCAAGGCAGCGCGUCUCGAGGAACAGCACCGAGGAGCGCAGGUCCACUCGAGGCGAGGCAGCGCGGGUCUCGAGGAACAGCACGAGGCAGCGCGGGUCUCGAGGAACAGCACCGAGGCAGCGCGGGUCUCGAGGAACAGCACCAAGGCAGCGUGGGUCUCGAGGAACAGCACCGAGGCAGCGCGAGUCUCGAACAGCACCGAGGCAGCGCGGGUCUCGAGGAACAGCACCAAGGCAGCGCGGGUCUCGAGGAAACAGCACCGAGGCAGCGCGAGUCUCGAGGAACAGCACCGAGGCAGCGCGGGUCUCGAGGAACAGCACCGAGGCAGCGCGGGUCUCGAGAACAGGCAGCGCGGGUCUCGAGGAACAGCACCGAGGCACGCGGGUCUCGAGGAACAGCACCGAGGCAGCGCGGGUCUCGAGGAGCACCGAGCGCGCGGGUCUCGAGGAACAGCACCGAGGCAGCGCGGGUCUCGAGGAAACAGCACCGAGGCAGCGCGAGUCUCGAGGAACAGCACCAAGGCAGCGCGGGUCUCGAGGAACAGCACCGAGGCAGCGCGGUCUCGAGGAACAGCCGAGGCAGCGCGGGGUCUCGAGGAACAGCACCGAGGCAGCGCGGGUCUCGAGGAACAGCACCGAGGGCAGCGCGAGGUCUCGAGGAACAGCACCGAGGCAGCGCGGGUCUCGAGGAACAGCACCGAGGCAGCGCGGUCUCGAGGAACAGCACCGAGGCAGCGCGGGUCUCGAGGAACAGCACCGAGGCAGCGCGGGUCUCGAGGAACAGCACCGAGGCAGCGCGGUUCUCGAGGAACAGCACCGAGGCAGCGCGGGUCUCGAGGAACAGCAACCGAGGCAGCGCGGGUCUCGAGGAACAGCACCGAGCAGCGCGGGUCUCGAGGAACAGCACCGAGGCAGCGCGGGUCUCGAGGAAACAGCAACAGCACCGAGCAGCGCGGGUCUUCGAGGAACAGCACCGAGGCAGCGCGGGUUCUCGAGGAACAGCACCGGAGGCAGCGCGGGUCUCGAGGAAACCAGCACCGAGGCAGCGCGGGUCUCGAGGAACCAGCCACCGAGGCCAGCGCGGAGUUCUCGAGGAACAGCACCGAG